AGUGUGAAUUUGACACUUGGCUUGUUCGUUAAUUACAAUCCUCGGUUGUGUAUAAAUAUAAAUGUACUAUCGGUUUGAUGUUAUGCUACAGCAGCAGUGAUUCGUUGUCUAAUACCGGUGAAAAUACAUAGUAAUCCAAAUGAAAAAAGAACCAUGACUUUACCGGUGAUUUUUUUUUACACUUGACGUUUGCGAACUUUUUUCUUAACAUUAACUUGUUGUAUAAUACAGUGCUCGCGUGUUGAUUGGAAAGAACACAGACUUGAUUUAGAAAUUAAGGCGAAUGUGCUUUACGAUAUUCGAGACACUUCAACAUGACAAUCAAGCAGUCGUCUACAUACAUAAUGGUUCAAGCAAUUACCAUUUUAACUGCUCUCAAUAUGUUAACCAACGCUCAAACCACGUGCAAUCAAGGUCUAGGUCGAGUGGUGUACGAAAGAUUGCCAGAUCACCAAUUACAAGGCUACGAUGAAGACACAGUUCAAGAUACAACGCCACCUUUCAGAGUACUGGAAAAAUGCCAAGAGCUCUGCUUACGCGAUCGAACCGCUACCAAUAAUUUAGUUCGAGCUUGUGCCUCUUUCGAUUUCCAACCAGGCAGUAGAAUAGCCUCAUUCAACGGCAUAGUCGAAUACGAACAAUCAACUUGCUAUUUGACUCGAGAGCAAGCUCAACCAGAAGGACUUGGAACACUUGUAUUGGUUCCAAAUAGCGUACAUUACGAUGAAGUUUGCCUAUCUUCUAGUCGAAUAGAGAGAGAAUGUCCGGACAGACGUUACAUAUUCGAAAGACAUCCCAGGAAGAAGCUCAAACUGCCUCUUAGUGAUUUCAAAGAUAUAGUAGUAGCUAAUCGAAGUGAUUGCGAAGACAGGUGUUUGAAUGAAUUCACUUUUGUAUGCCGAUCUGCGUCUUAUGAUAUGACCACGCAUACUUGUUCGUUGAGUCGAUUCACCAGGAGAUCUCACCCCGAGCUUAUGGAAGACGAUCCUUCCACAGAUUACCUUGAGAAUACUUGUUUAAACGCUGAAAGAAGAUGCGAUGGAGCAAUAAUAUUCGUAAAAGAGGAAAACAAACGUUUGGGUGGACCAUUCGAAGCGGAUAUUUUCACCAAUAUUUCCCUUCUGGAAUGCCAAGCUCAAUGUUUGCGUGCAGAAAAAUAUUUCUGUCGAGCUGUCGAAUACGACGAACAGAUCAAGCAAUGCAUCAUAUUCGAGGAAGAUUCGAUGUCUCAAAAAGACGAUCUUCGGACCAGUGGCAGCCCUACUCAUGAUCUUUACGAUCUCGUUUGUCUCGAUACUGCUAAAGGAAACGAUUUUCCUGAAAACUCUGCGUUGUUUUCAUCGGAAAGUAGAAAACCAGAUACAGCAUUUCAAAGAUACAGAAAUAGUCGUCUGGGAGGAGAAUUCCAUUCAGAGAUUACUGGUCGAUCAUUGGGCGAGUGUUUGGACGAAUGUCUACGUCAAGUAAGCUUCCAGUGUCACUCGAUAAUUUAUAGCGAACGUUUACGAGUCUGUCGACUGAGCAAAUACAAUCAACGAGAUGGUCAUCGAACGCUUUACGAUGGAGAUUUCGAUUACUACGAGAAUUUAGCCAAUAGUCCAACUCCACCGCCAUUUCAAAGGAACGAAAUAGGUCAACUAGGUCCGGAUGCUGCAAUAGGAGGUUACUCCAGAUUACCAUAUUCGCCUUUGGCAAAACCUCCAACAGGAGCUGGAUUCAGCAACGCUUUUGGAGGCGGUAGCUACCCAGGUUACUCCGGAGCACCGAUUCAGCAAUCACGUCAGCCAUAUGCUCCUUCGAGAGAGAUGCCAGGACACGGUUACUGGAACCAUUUAGCAUCCCAUUCGACUGAUGUUUCUCCGUACAAUGCAGCACAUGCAACCAGUGGAGCUUAUCCAAUUGCCAGCAUUACUCCGAUUCCACCAGCCAGUUAUCCAGGUGCUGGUUCAUCUCCGGCAUAUACCGGUUCUCCAGCACCAUUGGGAGCGUCGUCUUUAGGUAUUCCUCAUCUAUCACCUGGAGUGGCAUCGUAUCCUCCUCCUUUGGCUGGUGGUUACUAUCCUGGAGGGUUCGAUCCUCCUCGACCUUUUGAUGUCAGGUGUCAAGAAGGGGAUGGAUUUAAACAGAUUGGAGUUCAUUUAAAAAUGAGGAAACAGUUUGUGAGAAAAGCUAUAGCUGCGCCGAGUUUGUCUGCUUGCGAAAGAGAAUGCGCUGAAUCUCGCGAUUUCUUGUGCCGUUCCUUCAAUUACAGAUCUGUGCCUUAUGGUCCUCAAAGAGAAAACUGUGAACUGACAGAUCGUGAUACCAGGGAUUUGGACGCCAAUAAUCCCAAUUACUUUGAAAACGCCGGAGAUUACGAUUUUUAUGAAAGAGCAGCUACAGGUCGAAGCGGACAAGACUGUUUGGAUGUUAGUCAAAGCUGCAGUGAAGAUGGAAUGGAAUUCACUUUGAAGACCCCCGAAGGAUUCAUUGGACGUAUCUACGCGCAUGGAUACUACGACCGGUGCUUUUACAGAGGCAAUGGUGGAACUCUCAAUGUGUUGAGGAUCAGUGGAGCUCAAGGAUACCCGGAUUGUGGUACUAUCAGAAUUGGAGACAUGAUGACAAACAUAGUCGUGGUGCAGUUCAGCGACUUCGUCCAAACCAGUCGUGAUAAACGGUAUAAUCUAACUUGCUUAUUUCGAAGUCCUGGCGAGGCUGUCGUCACAUCGAGUUACAUGACCGCAAACGCUGGAAGUCCAGUUCCCAUCGAAUACCUACCAGCAGAAAAUUCCCUAAGCUCAAGAGUUCGACUGAUGAUUUUGUACCAAGGUCGUCCCACCAACACCAUCGCUAUUGGUGACCCAUUGACAUUCCGAAUCGAAGCACAAGAUGGAUACAAUUACGUUAAUGAUAUAUUUGCCACAAAUGUCAUAGCCAGAGAUCCAUAUUCUGGCAGAGCUGUACAGCUAAUUGAUCGAUAUGGAUGUCCUGUACAAAACGAAGUAUUUCCAGCACUGGACAGGUCUAGAGAAGGGGAUGGUUUGGAAGCUCGUUUUAACGCUUUCAAAUUACCUGAAUCAAACUUCUUGGUAUUUGAAGCAACAGUUCGUACUUGUCGGGAUGCAUGUACUCCGGCUUAUUGUUCUGGCCCAGCUGGAAGAAGCGAAACAUCCCAUGGACGAAGAAAAAGGGACGCUGACGAAGAUGAAGAUAGUACAGAUCUACAACCAAGUGGUAAUUUUACCGAGGAAGAACGUCUACGAGAAAUGAUCGAGAUAUUUGAAUCAAGAUCGGAAAUCCCAGAAGGUGAUAGUCAAUCGUCACAACUAACGCAAACCGAGGUACCAGAUGUCUGCUUGACCAAAGGAGAAUAUUUCGGAUUGCUUUUCAUCUUUUUUGUAUUCACUGGACUUAUCAUGGCCAUGGCCAUGGUUGCAGGAACCUAUUACAGAAAAUACUGGAAAAUGAUGAGUAAAACGCAAAUGAACAGUAAACCAACGUCUGUGUCAAGUCCUUGGAAUAACGUCAGUAUGGAACCUGCAAGCAGAUCUCACGGCUCAUCAGUUCAGAGUCUAUUUUCAUUUCUCAGCUUGUACUCGCAGCCUCAAGGCAACAGCUCGAAUCCGCCCAUCGAUGAAGAUCCUGCCGAAGACGUACGAGUACCAGAUGUCACCGACAUAGAAGAAGGUCGAGAAACGUUCAAAGAUUCCAGCGAACCGAUUUACAUUUGUCCUUCGCUGUUUGAAAUGCCCAACGAUGAUGUAUCUUGAACACUCCGCUCCAGUGAUUCUUCUCUUCGUUCUUCUAGUCAAGUUGCAUUUAUGCUUAGGAGCUCGUUUGUGGUCUAAAUUUCAAUUACUGCCAAAGAUCGACUUUUUAAAAAAUAUUAUUACCGUGGGAUGUGUUUAUUCGAAAGGAUUGCCUACCUGCUAUAACUCUUCGAUGAAGAAGGAAAUAAUGGACGAGUACUCGGUAUAUACUUUAUAUAAUGAUUAAUGUAAAUAAUUUCGAGCCACCGUAUUUCCAUAUUAAUUUAAUAUUCUACCUUAUAUAAACUUCUUUGUAUAAAAAGCAAGAAAAAUUUAAUGUCAACACACUCAUUUUGUUCCAAUUAAAAGUUGUAA